AUGCUGGACAAAACACCCAAUGGCACUAGCUAUCCUCAACCCACGAUCAACGGAAGAGAUGACAUACGUCGAGAUGAGACUACAAAUGGCGUUGGAAAGGUUCCCGGUGACAGAGAAUCAAACGUGGAUCACUGCUGGACAAAAGAGCUCUCCAAGACACCCACAAACAUCAGCAACGCCGGUGCGUUGGCCUCAAAAACGUUGUCCCUAGUCCGCACCAGAGAAUCGAAUAGGGAAAUUGGGCCUCCACCCGACGGUGGUUUCCUGGCCUGGUUUCAAGUCGCCUUGGGUCACUUUGUCAUCUUCAACACUUGGGGCUACAUUAAUAGCUUUGGCGUUUUCCAGACCUACUAUACUGAAACAUUAGGGCAUCCUCCAUCUGACAUAUCCUGGGUAGGGAGUAUUCAAAUCUUUUUGCUGUUUUUUAUUGGGACUUUCUCUGGUCGUGCAACCGAUGCUGGCUACUUCAAGGCCACCUUGGUGUUGGGAGCGGUGCUGGAAUUGUUUUGCAUUUUUAUGACGUCCUUGUCUACGAAGUACUGGCAGUUGUUCUUGGCCCAAGGCGUCGGGCAAGGAAUUGGCUGUGGUCUCAUGUUUUGCCCUACCAUUGCCCUCGUACCUACGUAUUUCACCAAAAGGCGCUCGAUUGCCAUGGGGAUUGUGGCAUCUGGAUCGGCAACCGGGGGCUUGGUGUUUCCCGCCGUCGUUAUGCGUUUGUUGCCUCAGAUCGGAUAUGGAUGGACCAUGCGAAUUCUCGGCUUUAUUUCUUUGGGCACACUGACACCUUGCUUGCUCUUUCUGAAGCAAAGGUUGCCACCGCGCCAAAGUGGUCCGCUCGUUGAAUGGGCUGCCUUCAAGGAACCUUCCUAUACGUUGUUUGCCAUCGGUAUGUUCCUCAACUUCUGGGGUAUCUAUAUCGGUUUCUUCUACAUUGGUAGUUUUGCCGGCAAUGUCAUCCAUGUCUCUCAGUCAACCUCGAUCGAUGUACUCCUAGUUAUGAAUGGUGUUGGACUUCUAGGUCGGCUGAUUCCGAACCUCAUGGCAGACUGGUAUACCGGGCCAUUGAACUUGCUAAUCCCCUGUAGCCUAGCUACCGGGGUGGUUGCAUACUCUUGGGCUGCCGUGAACAGCCCGGGGGGUAUGUACGCCUUUAGCGCUUUUUAUGGUCUUGCUGCAGCUGGUAUCCAAUCUCUAUUUCCUGCAACUCUGAGUACCUUCACAACAGACCUGAAAAAGACUGGUGUGAGGAUGGGAAUGGUGCUGAGCGUGGUGGCUGUCGCUGCUCUCAUCGGCUCUCCGAUCGCGGGGGCAUUGAUCCAACUAAAUGAGGGACAGUAUCUGUAUGCUCAAAUGUUCAUGGGCAGUGCAGUUGUUGCUGGUGCAGCGACUUUGUUUGCAGCAAGAGUAGCCAAACUGGGGUUCUCCUGGCAACGGUCGUGA